UCAUUAACUUUAUUUCAACUCCCAGUCCCUCUUAACACAGACUGAACAGACAUCUCCCUUCCCUCCCUCUCUCUCUCUCUCUCACAGCCCAAUGUCAAAUAACUCUCUCACAGUCUCAGGUGCUUCCCUUUCUCCUCAAAGAUAAAAUGAUGCAUCAUCAGAUAAUGAUCUGUGAACUGAGACUUCCCUCUCUCAGAAAUCAAUUUCCCAACUGCAGUCUUCCCAAGAUUUCCUGCAGACUAAUUAGUCACUCGAACCAGCUUAUUAAGUUGGUUAGUUUCCUCAACUAGAUUCCCAAACCCCGAUUCAGUUCCUGUAUCUUCCAUUUCUGACAAUUUUAUUUAUGGAAACCAUGCACCGUCUCACCUUAUCUUCUUUUGGCCGAUGUUCACUCCUACAAGCAUAAGAUUUUCUCUCUCAAGUCAUUUCACUCACUUUAGAGACAACACCGCCCAGAAAGCGAAAACCCUAGGAAUUAAAACCAAGGAGAAGAAGAAGAAGACCCUUUUCUCCAACCUCAACACCAACACCAGCCAUGGACUUGGUUUCAUCAGCUCCAACCAACUCUCCCAGCAGCGCCUUUGAAACCCCAUCUGCCUUGGCCAUUAGUACUAGUAAUGGUACAGGGGCAAACAACAGUAACAGUACCAGUACUACUGCUCUCAUUACUUCUCCUAGCCGAUAUGAGAACCAGAAGAGGCGAGACUGGAACACCUUCUGCCAGUACCUCCGUAACCAUCGUCCUCCGCUGUCCCUUCCCAUGUGUAGCGGGGCCCACGUCCUGGAGUUCCUCCGGUACUUGGAUCAGUUCGGAAAGACCAAGAUCCACAACCACAGCUGCCCCUUCUUCGGGCUGCCAAACCCGCCCGCGCCCUGCCCCUGCCCGCUUCGACAGGCCUGGGGCAGCUUGGACGCUCUCAUUGGGCGCCUCCGGGCAGCUUAUGAGGAGCAUGGAGGGCGUCCCGAGGCGAACCCUUUUGGGGCAAGAGCUGUGAGGCUGUACCUCCGCGAGGUUCGUGAUUUCCAGUCCAAGGCGAGAGGAGUGAGCUAUGACAAGAAGAGGAAGAGGCCCAAGCCAAGGCCAACACCAGUACCAACACCAACAACUAGUGCCACUACAACUAGUACCACUACUAGUGGCACGACCUCCUCGUCUGCAACUCUGUCAUAAAUGGGUAUACUUCUCCUUGAUCUUUAUUUCCUUUAAAAGGAAAUGGUGCUAUAAUUGAUGAUUUUGUUUGUGAUGUUCUUGAAAAUCUUAGGUUUUUGGGGGUAACUCUGAAAUUACUCUUUCAAUCAGUAGUAGUACCUAGGAAAGGCUAGUAGCUGAAAAGCGAUAUGAUGAUUGUACUAGAAGCUCAAUUAAUAUCAGAUAUUUUAAUUAGUAGUUCUA